UUUCUGGGACAGAGUAGAAGCAGAAGAAAAAAAGAGGAGGAGGGGAGAACUAGAGUUUCUUCCCCCCCUCACCAAUCCAACUGUUCUUCAUCGUGCAGUCUGUAACAACAGACAUUCAGCUUGAGAGGAGGAAACAGCAGAAGCGUCCUUCUCCAUGUUAGAUCAUCUCCAGUCACAUGUUUUAGAACUUCAGCACUUGAAAGUAUUCAGUCACAGGAUGGACCACUCAGCUCUCCGAUGCCUCAUCGGCCUGUCCGUCACUCUGCUAACCAGGCACUCUGCGAAUGGCACUCCAGUCAUUUUAAAUGACUCUAUGGAGGGCAGUGGGCAGUCGGAAUCUGAGAGCACAGACCUGAUCCCCACACCUAGCAUUUCCUCCUUCCUCAAUGAAUCGGUGAAGACCACCUCCAUAUAUGGAGAAAAACAUACCAAAUCGUUCUUGAAUCAGAUGGUAGACUUCUUAAAAGAGAACCACCUUCCCAUAAUUGUCAUUACCACUUUACUUUUGCUCAUCCUCACCAUCCUCUGCUCGGCUGCCAUCUUGAGUCACCGACGUAAAGUCAGCACCUACUACCCUUGCGCUUUCCCCUCCAUGAUGUAUGUGGACGAGCGAGACAAGACUGGAGGAGUGCGCAUCUUUAACGAAGUCCCGGAGAAAGCCAACACCAGAUCCACUGAGGAGCCGGUGAAUUCAGCCAGGCAGCUCCAGGAGGACAUCAUGCUGGCUACCAAGAACCUCCGAACUCCAGCCAAGAGUCCAUGGAAAGGGAAGAAUGAAACGGCAGAAGAUCAAAAAUCUGCCGAUGACAAGGAACGUCCUCAGUGCGACAAGAGUCAAGAGAAUGGCUGUGGCCUGCUUGAGGACAAGACCACAAAUCAGUCUGCCAUUGAGGAUUCUGUGGAAAAGAGCAGCCCCAGCAGGUCCCAGGACAGCGUCCCUGCUUGUGACAUGGAAAAGACUGACCCCUCGGACUCUGGGCCCCCUGAAGAGAGCAAACAUCCAUCUGGGCCAGAGAAUUCAGAGAUACAAGAGAACACGAACAAACAGGAAGUUGCUACUUCAGACUCACCAUUUAUCAGUGAAGAGAAAACAGCAUUUUAGUUUGGAAACACUUACAUAAAUACUGACAAAAGAGUACUUAUCGAACACAUUGUAAAACUAAAGAAUGCAGUAUGAAAGUUUAUUGAUAUAAUCGGUAGCACUUUAUUUCACAGUCCUGUUCCUAUGUACAUACUAUGUACUUAUUAUAGUAAUUGCAAUAACUGGGUAAUAACUAGGUACUAACUCUGAAUCUACCCCCAACCUUAACUCAUUUAAUUAGCUUAUAUUACCCAAUACUUUUUUAGGCAAGUACACAUGAGCGCAUGUACUGUAAAAUAAAGUGCAACCAAAUUAUCUGAUUUUCUUCAGGAAAAUGUAUGACUUUAACAUUUUGUCUGUGAGUGUUUACUUUGAUGUACCAAAUAUAAAUGUACUCUGCUUAAAAUUAGUAUUUCAAUUUACUUAAAUGUAAAUGAUAUGAACAGAUGCCAUUUGGGCAAGACUUUAACAUAAAAAUUGCAUUUUAAGCAUUAGUUCUUGUGAAUCUCUUUUCAUUUGACGUGUUGAUGACUAUUCUUGUUUUCCUUACUCUUUUUUUUAUUAGUGAUGAUGACAUUCAUAAAGACGGGAAGGCUUAUACAUGAAGAAUGCUAUUUUAUGUCAUUUAAUGUUGUCUUUUCUAAUGUCUCACAACUUUGUAAUGUGCCGCAAACACACACACACACACCCAAAAAAUAAACCAAGCACAUUUGCUACUCCAAUUAAGGAGAGGAGCCUCAGUAUAGAAAAGAUUUGCUGUGAGCCAGGUUAUUGUUUACAUACUCUGGCUCUAAAUAUUUCCUUUCAAGGUCGAGCGGUAUUGAGCCACAGCUGCUGAAUGCCACAAAGUCCCAGUUUAGUCUAAAGAUCAGUUAGUCUCAACAUGUACUUUAUGAAGAGCACAAUAUCCUCAAUAAAUCAAUAAACUUGACUUGAUCUUUAUGGGACUUGAGCAGUUGAGUCAAACUUCUUAAUUUUAAUGUUCAAGGUAAAAAAAAAAAAAAAA